AUGAAAUUGCUUAAAAUCUUCAAUUCCAAACGCCCAAUCCUCAAAUUUCUCUCCCAUCCCUAUUCUUAUUCCUAUUGCUAUUCCUCUUGUGUCUCCCAACCCCAAACACCGUCUUUCUCCAUUCCCCCACCAAUCACUGAAGCCACUUUGUUACAUUCCAUUGAAUCUUCUCAGUGGCAUUUCAUCAAACAGGUUGCCCCACACCUCACACCCUCACUUGUCUCUUCCGUGCUAACCAGCAUUCACCAAAACCCUCAACUUGCUCUUCACCUUGUAACCCACCUUCACAAUCACCCUCAUUGCCUUGACCUGACAACACGUUGCCUCGCCAUUUGCAUCCUCUAUCGCCUUCCAUCCCCAAAACCCUCUCUUGACCUCUUACACCAGCUCAUUCACACUGGCAUUGCCACCAACAGAAUGAUUUUAGAUGAAUUGGCACUUGCCCGUGAUCGUUUCAAUGCUAAGUCUAGCAUUGUCUUUGACCUUCUGGUCAGGGCUUACUGUGAACUCAAGAAACCCAAUGAGGCUUUGGAGUGUUUCUACUUGAUGAAGGAAAAGGGUGUUGUGCCCAAGAUUGAGACUUGCAAUCAGAUGUUGAGUCUGUUCUUGAAAUUGAAUGGAACCCAGAAGGCUUGGGUUCUGUAUGCAGAAAUGUUCAGGAUGCAAAUCAAAUCCAGUGUGUGCACUUUUAACAUAAUGGUUAAUGUGUUGUGUAAAGAAGGGAAGUUGAAGAAGGCAAAAGAGUUUAUUGGGAAUAUGGAGGCUGUGGGGGUGAAGCCUAAUGUUGUUACUUAUAACACUGUUAUACAUGGAUACUGUUUAAGAGGGAAGUUCCAAGAGGCUCGUGUGAUCUUUCAAACAAUGAAAGAUAAAGGUCUUGAGCCAGAUUACUACACGUAUAAUUCAUUUAUUACUGGGAUGUGUAAAGAAGGAAGGCUUGAGGAGGCAUCUGGGUUGCUUAGUAACAUGUUAGAAUUUGGCUUGGUUCCCAAUGUAGUAACAUAUAAUGCGUUUAUUGAUGGGUACUGCAAUAAAGGGGAUCUGGAUAAGGCUUUUGCCUACAGGGAUGAGAUGAUAAGUAAAGGCAUAAUGGCAUCUCUGGUCACCUAUAAUUUGUUUAUUCAUGCACUGUUUAUGGAAGGAAAGAUGGGAGAAGCUGAUAAUAUGAUAAAAGAAAUGAAAGAAAAAGGGUUGAAGCCCGAUGCUGUUACAUAUAACAUAUUGAUUAAUGGGUAUUGCAGAUGUGGGGAUGCAAAGAAAGCCUUCAGCCUUUAUGAUGAAAUGGUGACAAAAAGGAUUCAGCCAACACUGGUAACAUAUACGUCACUUGUAUACGUUCUUGGUAAAAGGAAUAGAAUGAAGGAGGCUGAUGACUUGUUUAAGAAGAUUCAACAAGAAGGUUUUUUGCCAGAUAUCAUAAUGUUUAAUGCAUUGAUUGAUGGUCACUGUGCAAAUGGUAAUAUUGAUCGUGCAUUUCAACUCUUGAAAGAGAUGGAUAACAUGAAGGUUAUUCCUGAUGAAAUCACUUAUAAUACCUUGAUGCAAGGAUACUGCAGGGAAGGGAAAGUGGAUGAAGCUCGGCAACUUCUUGAUGAGAUGAAGAGAAGGGGGAUCAAACCUGAUCAUAUUAGUUACAAUACACUCAUUAGUGGUUACAGUAAAAGAGGUGAUAUGAAGGAUGCUUUUAGAGUUCGUGAUGAAAUGCUGAAUAUAGGAUUUGAUCCUACGAUUCUCACUUACAAUGCUCUUAUUCAAGGCUUGUGUAAAAACAGAGAAGGUGAGCAUGCUGAAGAGCUCCUCAGAGAAAUGGUAAGUAAAGGUAUAACUCCAGAUGACAGCACCUACCUAUCUUUAAUUGAGGCGAUGGAGAAUGUUGAUGACCUGGUGGGAAAUGAUGAUAAGUGAACUUGUGCUUUCAUUUACUUGAAAUUGAAUUGAGAAAGAGCUGUUCAAGAAGAAAAAAAUUCUACCUUGGACACAAGCGUCUUGGCAUUCUUGAU